AUGUCGGCAGUGGCCGAUGAUGAUAAUCAACAGGAGAUUCAUCAAGGAGAGUGGAAUCAGGAGAUUGGUGCCCUGAUUGGUGCGGCACAGGGCAUCAAGAUUGCUCAUGGGUUGCACGGCUGCACGUAUGACGUGUGGGAGGUGAAUGUGCCACAGCUGAAAUUUGCCGGGCACGUCAAAACAGUGAGAGGGCAUGCUCGAUCCUCGUAUCGAAGCCUCCAAGACUUUGCCAGCACGGAUGUCCCGAUUGAUUAG